AUGCCCUCGGUCUCGACCUGGUUGAUAGCCGCUCAGGCUCUCAACAUCACGGCAGCUCAAGACGUUGGCAGGUAUGUUUACCAAAACGGAGCCUACCGCAUUACCUACGAUGUGAAUGAGGAGCAUCAAGUCAAGUUCACCUUCUGGGUCCCUCCUCCACCUGGAACGUGGUCGCCAGACGGAUUCAUUUACACUUUCCCUAUCGGACCGGGCGAGGAGUUCACCCACGGGCCGUACUCCCUGUCUGAGUUGGGGAGUUCUACCUACGCCAUCGACUUUGAUGGAGCCAAAGCUAGUGCUCGUGAUUGGUAUAAGUCGAUCGAGAGGUUACUGCUGAGGAACUCCGUCAUUCACCAUGAUCCUAAUGUGCCAUAUGGCGGUAUUCAGUCUGGGGACUUGACCGUUCUAACUUAUACAAGCGGGGACUCUAUCUCAACCUCCUUCCGAGACGAAGACAUCGACCUCAUGAGGGUCGGGGGCGAACUGACACCGGGCGAGUAUGUAUUCGAGGACGACGAAGCUCCACAUUUCGAGAUUAGUUAUGUGAUACGCCUUGAUGGGAUCGUGGGCGUACAAAUUGCGUGUGGAGGGACUCCGACUACCCGCUUCCCCUUCAAGCUUGUACGUCGCGGUGAAGGUCUACCCUACGUGCAUUACCUUCUGGAACCGGUUGGAAGAUACACCUUGGAGGAUCUCCGUCAACAAGUGAGGUAUGUUUGCCAACGCCAAGAUUUGGUUCCUUCCGACGGAUCACACGUGGUCUUCGCCACUAAGAACACAGUCUACGUCGAACUCGGAGGAGUUCGUUUCGGUUUGACCAAGGUUGAGUGA